UGAAGAGAUCCAGCUCAUGACAGAGCAGAGAAAACGUGAAAGCAGCACUGCAGAGAUUGAUUGAUUGAAUACUUUAUUGUCCCUCUCGGGAAAGUCGUCUGGCAACAUACAGCAGUUCCUGGCAAACAUACACAAAAUCAAAGCACAGGACCUACAACACUCCAUUUACAGACAACACAUAUCACAAGACGUAUUUCAAACUUAUGGAUGAAUACUGAAAGUUUGGAGUUAUGUCAGUGCAUAACUGCCAUCUUACGGGCUCCUGACCAAUUCUGCUAUUUUUUGUGCUUUUUUUCGCUAACUUUUCUUUGCAUAAUGUUUCUGCCAUCCUAUGACCGAAAACAGCUUCUGGACAUCAGAACAGCGACCACUAACCUCAAUUUGGAUGAAGAUUUCUGAAAUAUCUGCGCAGAACCAUGAAGACCAGACUAGGCUGCCUGUCCAAUAAGUCUGACUCAUACCCCGACUUCACUGAGUUCCUGCCCCCUGCCCAGGACAGGGCCACCAGAUGCCGAAAGCUGUCAAAAGAUGAAGUCGUUCUGUGGGCAGAUUCCUUCGAUGUUCUUCUGUCGAACAAGUGUGGCCUGGCUGCCUUCCAGGCUUUUCUCAAGACGGAGUUCAGCGACGAGAACAUUGAGUUCUGGAUGGCCUGCGAGGAAUAUAAAAAAAUCAAGACUCCCGUUAAAUUGAUGACCAAAAUUAACAAGAUCUACAAUGAGUUUAUUGAUGUCAAGGCUCCCAGAGAGGUAAACAUAGACUUCCGUACGCGGGAAGUGAUGAGGCAGAGCCUUGCGGAGCCCACCCCCUCCAGUCUGAAUGAGGUUCAGGCCAGGGUCCACAGCCUCAUGGAGAAAGACUCUUACCCACGCUUUCUCCACUCCAAGAUCUACCAGGACUUACUCGACAUGCAGUACACACACUGCCAUCGGAACUCUGUCUGAAGAACACACACAUGUGCCGUCGCAGGUACACAUACACACACACACACACACACACAGUUGUGUUUUUCUUCAGUAGCUAGAACCCAAGGAACCAUUAUUCCUCAAGUUCUAACUUGAGAUCUCAAUGCGUAACUCAAUAACUCAAGAUGACAUGUUGAAUCAUGUGAACGUUUUUGAGUUAUCCAUACAAAUAUCAAGUUAGGAUUCUCCUCUCACAGAGAGAUUCUUAGUAUUUAGACAUAUUGUGAUAUUGUAUCAUCCCUCUUAGAACUGUGUCAACAUAUAGUUUACACUUAGAAAACAAAAUACCACAAGACAUUGUACUGUGUAUCCUUUUAUUACUCCUAUUAGAAAAUGUGUUGUUGUUGAUGAUAUUUAUUUCUCCCAUCACUAUAGAUUUAUCGUGGUGUAGAAAUAUGUCUGGCAAUUUUAUUAAAGUUUUGCAACAUGUCAUCUGA